CAAAACAUGGCGGCCAGAGUGCGGUUUUGAGAAAGUUUAAAAGGUCAGUUUGUGGAUAAUGCACAACCAUAAUUGCGUAAAUCAUAGCAAUUUGACACAGUAUCAAAAAAAUCCUUAUUAAAAUUGCCCCUACUGUUAUCGAGUGAGGGAAAUUCCGAGAAUGUUAGCUUGGUUCCAUUUCAAAAUAGGGUUGGUCAAAAAGGCUGUUUCAACGAUUAAAAAAAAAUCAAAAUUCAUUCUCCCUACAAUACCAUUGUACUUCACAUCGAUAAUUCAUCAAUAUUUCCUGCUCCUGCCUACUAUCUGAACACAUUUGAGCAUUUGAAGCCUUCAUGGAGAAGGUUGGGAUAGUUUUUCCUGUACUAAGUGAUCCCAAUCGCUCAUGGACUUGGAUUUUCUUGUUGACCUUACACGGGAGCUGAAUGUACUCAAAAAGAAGUAACAAGACCAGGGGUAACUUGUCAGUGUUGCCUAUGACAAUGUCAGGGUAUUCUGCCCACAAUUUGUGUUAUGGUUCUUAGAGAAACCUCUUCCAUUUCCCAUCAUGAAAAGUACUCAUGGGUUCGGGCACACCAUUCUGUAGUGAGUAUAAUGAUGUCAUUGCACAUCUACAAGGUGAAUUUGAUGACAAGCAUUUUGACUUAAAACAUACAGAGCCACUUUUCCCCUUUUUGCUGAUCCUUUCUCCUUUAAUGUGAAAGAUGCCCCUCCCCCCCCCCCUAACUUUCACUUCAAAUUGAGCUCAUUGACCUUCAGUGCAAUCCUAAGUUCAGGGACUGAAUGGAGAGACAAACAAGCGUGGUCAAUUUAUGAGAGCAUUGCCCUCCAGCUUCUCUGAGAUGUCCAGGCUGCUCAGUCGGAUCAUGUGCCUUUUUUGGAAGUAACUAUCUGUUUGAAACAAGUCAAAGUUCAGGAACAAACUUACUGAUGAUCAUCUUCAAGCUAUACUGAGGGUCUCAGUUGCUUUAUCACUCAAGUCAAAUGUUGCUCAGCUGUGUAAGAAGAAGCGCUGCCAGGUCUCUGAAAAAGAAGGGACCUUUCUUUUUAAAACAUAAACGCGAAUAUUUAACAACAGUAAUGUUGUAGACACAUCUGACAUACACAGCAAUGUUGUAGACACAUCUGACAUACACAGUAAUGUUGUAGACACAUCUGACAAACACAGUAAUGUUGUGGACACAUCUGACAUACACAGCAAUGUUGUAGACACAUCUGACAUACACAGUAAUGUUGUAGACACAUCUGACAAACACAGUAAUGUUGUGGACACGUCUGACAUCCACAGUAAUGUUUUAGACACAUCUGACAAACACAUUAAUGUUGUGGACACAUCUGACAUCCACAGUAAUGUUGUGGACACAUCUGACAUACAGAAUAAUGUUGUGGACACAUCUGACAUCCACAAUAAUGUUUUAGACACAUCUGACAUACACAGUAAUGUUUUAGACAAAUCUGACAUCCACAAUAAUGUUAGACAUAUUUGACAUACACAGAAAUGUUUUAGACACAUCUGACAUACACAGUAAUGGUGUGGACACAUCUGACAUCCACAGUAAUGUUGUGGACACAUCUGACAUCCACAGUAAUGUUGUGGACACAUCUGACAUCCACAGUAAUGUUGUGGACACAUCUGACAUCCACAGUAAUGUUGUGGACACAUCUGACAUCCACAGUAAUGUUGUGGACACAUCUGACAUCCACAGUAAUGUUGUGGACACAUCUGACAUCCACAGUAAUGUUGUGGACACAUCUGACAUCCACAGUAAUGUUGUGGACACAUCUGACAUACACAGUAAUGUUGUGGACACAUCUGACAUCCACAGUAAUGUUGUGGACACAUCUGACAUCCACAGCAAUGUUGUGGACACAUCUGACAUCCAUAGUAAUGUUGUGGACACAUCUGACAAACACAGUAAAGUUGUGGACACAUCUGACAUGCACAGUAAUGUUGUGGACACAUCUGACAUCCACAGUAAUGUUGUGGACACAUCUGACAUCCACAGUAAUGUUGUGGACACAUCUGACAUCACAGUAAUGUUUUGGACACAUCUGAUUAUCCCGGUGACGUUCAUUGUCAGUUAAUAUAUUCAUCAGAAGCAUCAUGAAGAUUUCGACAUAGAUAUCAACAUAUAGAUCAACAUAUAAAUCAACCAGUUGACUUUAAAAAUAGAACAUAACAAAACGUAACCUUUUCAAAAAAUGUAUAGCAUGCUAAAACAUGGUGAUGUGCACUGUCUGUAUAGCAUGCUAAAAGCUAAGGGAAUGUGCACUGUCUGUAUAGCACGCUAAAAGCAAAGGGAAUGUGCACUGUCUGUAUAGCACGCUAAAAGCAAAGGGAAUGUGCACUGUCUGUAUAGCAUGCUAAAAGCUAAGGGAAUGUGCACUGUCUGUAUAGCACGCUAAAAGCAAAGGGAAUGUGCACUGUCUGUAUAGCACGCUAAAAGCAAAGGGAAUGUGCACUGUCUGUAUAGCAUGCUAAAAGCUAAGGGAAUGUGCACUGUCUGUAUAGCACGCUAAAAGCAAAGGGAAUGUGCACUGUCUGUAUAGCACGCUAAAAGCAAAGGGAAUGUGCACUGUCUGUAUAGCACGCUAAAAGCAAAGGGAAUGUGCACUGUCUGUAUAGCAUGCUAAAAGCAAAGAGAAUGUGCACUGUCUGUAUAGCAUGCUAAAAGCAAAGGGAAUGUGCACUGUAUGUAUAGCAUGCUAAAAGCAAAGGGAAUGUGCACUGUCUGUUGCUAUUAAUAACGACUAUAAUCCAUAAGCUCAGCCUAAUUAAAAGUAUUGACCGAGACGUUGUGCCACAAUGUAAUCGCUCGGCUCGGGGAGUCUCAAACAUUGAGCUUAGUUUUUUUAAAUAUUUAGUUUCAGCUAGAAAUAAAUGUAUAACAGCCCUGGGAAUUGCAUAUUGCAUAAUAGGGUCUAAGCAGUCAUCGUCACACUCACACACAGAAUGGACGCCAGAAACGAUCAGAUGGUUAAAAUGGUCUUGAUCAAUGAAACGGACCUGAACAUAACAGGUGAAAUCAAAUUUAUUUUAAUUUACCAAUACAGCUACCAUUUCUAAAUUGGAUUUAAAAAAUAAAUAAAACUGAUUUUUGAUGCAUUUUUGAUGAAUUUUACUGAGAUGGAAUCAAAUGAAAUCGGAUUUUAAAAAAACAUGAUUUUAAUGUAAGUGUAAGUUAAAAUUCUACUCCAAAAAUUGAAAUGGAUUAAAUGUAGAUAUACACUAUUUUAUUUUAAGUAAGAACAUCCUGUUCAAGACGCCAUACUUUUAUUUUUAAUACUGUGUGAACUAAAGUGGACCUAAAAGUCAUUGAGUGGCACGGUUUUCAUGGUAGGUGGAAAGGUUUUCAUGGUCAGUGGAAAGGUUUUCAUGGUCGGUGUUAAGAUUUUCAUGGUUGGUGGCAAGGUUUUCAUGGUCGGUGGCAAGGUUUUCAUGGUCGGUGGCAAGGUUUUCAUGGUCGGUGGCAAGGUUUUCAUGGUCGGUGGCAAGGUUUUCAUGGUCGGUGGCAAGGUUUUCAUGGUUGGUGGCACAGUUUUCAUGGUGAGAGAAAAAGUUUUCAUGGUCGGUUGCACAGUUUUCAUGGUUUAGAGGAAAGGUUUUCAUGGUCGGUGUCAAGGUUUUCAAGGUGGGUUGCAAGGUUUUCAUGGUCGGUGUCAAGGUUUUCAAGGUGGGUUGCAAGGUUUUCAUGGUCGCGCGAGCUUUUCAACAAACUCAACCAGUUGAUGUUAGAGGAUGUGGAGCAACAUUUUCGAAAGCUGCAUUAAAUCAAGCCAUUUCUGGAUAAAAUGUUUACAGUUUUAUACUAACCAUCAAUAAGUGAAGAUCUGCCAGGAAGAAAACAACAAUUGACUGCAGCUACUUGACAUUGGUCGUCUUGACCCCACCUUUGACAUGGGACGUCUUGACCCCACCUUUGAGAUGGUUUAUAUUUUCCUCACCUUUUACAUGGGUCUUCUUGGCCCCACUUUGACAUGGGUCAUCUUAUCCCAAAUGUUGACAUGGGUCUACGAAUGCAUCAUUGAAAUUCCUAAGCAAAUAUUUGAGACCUUAGAUAUCGCCGCUUCCAUUCUCGUCCACCAAGUUUCUGAAAUGUCAAAAAAAAAGCGAGACGAAUUGUUUCAGUGAAGAGUCACACAUCAAAGAAAAUUGGAGACGAAUUGUUUCAGUGAAGAGUCACACAUCAAAGAAAAUUGGAGACGAAUUGUUUCAGUGAAGAGUCACACAUCAAAGAAAAUUGGAGACGAAUUGUUUCAGUGAAGAGUCACACAUCAAAGAAAAUUGGAGACGAAUUGUUUCAGUGAAGAGUCACACAUCAAAGAAAAUUGGAGACGAAUCAAAAGAUUUUUAAAAAAAUAUUAAGAAGUAGUUAAAUCAAUUAGAGUUCUUAUUAACUGAUCUCAGAGGACCAAAGAAAUAUUCAAAUUUCAGUUGAGUUCCUAAUUCAACAAACUACAUCAGGAAAGUACUUUUCAUAACAUAAUAACUUCAUUUGUUCAUAACUUCAUAUCUUCCUAACUUCAUAUCUUGAUAAAUUAAUAACUUCAUAAUUUCAUUGCUUCAUAACUUCAUCGCUUUUUAACUUAACACUUUCAUAAUUUCAUUAUUUCAUCACUUUACAAAAUAAAUUAUUAUAACUUGGUAUUCCCUUCUUUUACAAAAUCGUGACCCUUGACUUCAUGUUUUGAAGAUUUAAAAUGCAAUCACGUGACCCAUAUGUAACCAUAUUUAUGGCCUUUUCUUCGGUGCCUCAAAACUUUCCUCCUGCCAUUCAAGACGAAAACGUUCAACUGAAUACUAAACAUGAACGUCCAGGUGUUGACUGUUGUCUGCUGUCUAUUUGGUCAGUAUUUAUCUGGUUCAUUCAAUGAACUAACAGGCGUUCACAGAUGUCUACAAUCUAUUUGGUCAGUAUUUAUAUGGUUAAUUUAAUGGACUACCAGGUUUUUAAAGUGGUAUGCUGUCUAUUUGGUCAGUUUUUCUAUGGUUCAGUCUAUGAACUACCAGGUAUUAACAGUUGUCACUGUCUAUUUAGUCAGUAUUUAUAUGGUUUACUCAGUGAACUAAUAGGUGUUGACAGUUGUCUACUGUAUGUUUGGUCGGUAUUUAUAUGGUUCAUUCCAUAAUUUACUAGGUAUUGACAGUUGGUUACUGUCUAUUUGUCAGUAUUUAUAUGGUUCAUUCUAUGAACUACCAGGUAUGAACAGUUGUCACUGUCUAUUAGGUGAUUAGUUAUAUGGUUCAAUCAAUGGACUACCAGUGUGCUCAGCUGUGUUUAAAUUUAAAUACCAAUAUUUUUGGUUAGUUGGUUAGAUUUAACACAUUUUAGAGGAAAGUUAACUUGAAAUUAAACUUGUCAUCAAUUUGUUGUAAUUGCACAGCUGGAUGUCUGGCAAAUAAUCCAACGACAUCAACGGACGAUGUGACUGAAACUUCGACUGAAGGAUAUAGAAUUCUGGGUGGAUCACAAGUCGAUGGCUAUAAAUAUCCCUACAUGGCAUCACUUCAGGUCUUAAUAAAUAGAAACUGGAAACACUUCUGUGGUGCUGUGCUCAUUGCUCCUAAUAAGGUACUUUAUUUAAUGUCAUGAUGUUUUCAAGUAUGUUCGCUCUUUUAUAUUAAUAACAAUACACAAUCUUAGUUACUUGGAUACACAAAUACACCAUCUAAGUUUUGGGAUACAAUAAUACUCCAUCUAAGCUCACCAUGCAACCAUCUUAGCUGUUUUGUGACAAUUAGAUCAUAUAAGAUGUCCAGUUAUAACAACAGGAGAUCUAAGCAGGAAGGUGUAAUAUAUAUUGAACGUAACGCUAUUUUUACAACAUUGCGCAUAAAGCGGAAAAAAACAGGUUGAGUUAACAUGCCACACAGUUUUAUUUUGGAUUUUAAUUCUGAGGUUUCCAGUUCAGUUAAAAACUCUAUCAUGAAGUAUGUAUACAUUAUGUCACAUGGAAGAAAUACACAUGCUCAUAUCACAUGGUAGAAAUACAUAUAUAUCAUAUAUUAGAAAUACAUAUACAAUAAAUAAAUUGUUAGAAAUACACAUACAUUAUAUCACAUGUUAAAAACACAUGUCAUUAUAUUACAUGUUAGAAAUACAUAUACUUUACAUCACAUGUUAGAAAUACAUGUACAUUAUACCACAAGUUAGAAAUAAUUAUAAAUUAUAUCACAUGGUAAAAAUACAUAUAAAUUAUGUCACAUGAUAGAAAUACAUAUACUUUAUAUCACAUCACUAUCUUUAUUACUUCUUACAUUUGUUUACUUCUACUAACUGUCUUAAAAGACUGUUACAUUUGCUUAUUGCGUCUCAGUGUCUUCAUAACUUGUUACAGUUGGUUACUGUGUCUCAGUGUCUUCAUAAUUUGUUACAGUUGGUUAAUGUGUCUCAGUGUCUUCAUAACUUGUUACAGUUGGUUACUGUGUCUCAGUGUCUUCAUAACUUGUUACAGUUGGUUACUGUGUCUCAGUGUCUUCAUAAUUUGUUACAGUUGGUUAAUGUGUCUCAGUGUCUUCAUAACUUGUUACAGUUGGUUACUGUGUCUCAGUGUCUUCAUAACUUGUUACAGUUGGUUACUGUGUCUCAGUGUCUUCAUAAUUUGUUACAGUUGGUUAAUGUGUCUCAGUGUCUUCAUAAGAACAAUGUCAACCAAUGACACAGAGUCACACUUCAUAACUUGUUACAGUUGGUUACUGUGUCUCAGUGUCUUCAUAACUUGUUACAGCUGGUUACUGUGUCUCAGUGUCUUCAUAACUUGUUACAGUUGGUUACUGUGUCUCAGUGUCUUCAUAAUUUGUUACAGUUGGUUACUGUGUCUCAGUGUCUUCAUAACUUGUUACAGUUGGUUACUGUGUCUCAGUGUCUUCAUAACUUGUUACAGUUGGUUACUGUGUCUCAGUGUCUUCAUAACUUGUUACAGUUGGUUACUGUGUCUCAGUGUCUUCAUAACUUGUUACAGUUGGUUACUGUGUCUCAGUGUCUUCAUAACUUGUUACAGUUGGUUACUGUGUCUCAGUGUCUUCAUAACUUGUUACAGCUGGUUACUGUGUCUCAGUGUCUUCAUAACUUGUUACAGCUGGUUACUGUGUCUCAGUGUCUUCAUAACUUGUUACAGCUGGUUACUGCUGCGCAUUGUCUUCUGAACAACUUGAUCCCCACACGAAUCAAGAUUGGAGCCCUGGAUCUAGUGAUCGAUGGACCCAAAAACAAUUACAGCCAGGUUCGGACAGUCAGUAGGAGUAUCAGUCAUCCUAGAUACAAGCAACCUGGGGAAAGACAUGACAUCGGUGUGAUCUAUUUGCAGACACCUGUUGUGUUCAACGAAAACGUCAAAGUGGGUCAUUUUAUGUCUAUGAUUAUAUGGUUUACCUGUGAUAUAGCUGUAUGCAGACACCUGUUCAAUGUAAUGAAAACGUCAAUGUGGGUCAUUUUAUGUGUAUGAUUAUAUGGUUUACCUGUGAUAUAGCUGUAUGUAGACACCUGUUCAAUGUAAUGAAAACGUCAAUGUGGGUCAUUUUAUGUCUAUGAUUAUAUGGUUUACCUGUGAUAUCGCUGUAUGUAGACACCUGUUCAAUGUAACGAAAACGUCAAAAUGGGUCAUUUUAUGUCUAUGAUUAUAUGGUUUAACUGUGAUAUAUCUGUAUGUAGACACGUGUUCAAUGUAACAAAAACGUCAAGGUGCCAUGAUGUUCUCUUGGGUUAUCCAGCGGCGUUGAGAAAGUCCAUUUGCUUUUGGGAACCAGCUUAUAAUCCUAGAACAAUAAUCCCAAGGUCCCAGACCGGUGGAUUACAUCCUGCGAAGUCUUCAGCAUCGUCACAUUGUGACGGACGGAUGAAAAUAUAUAUGUUAUUUUACAUACAACACCAACCUCCAUAUCAUAGUUAUACAAUGUGUUUAUUGUAAAUAAUUCUUUGUCUCUAUUUUAUUUUAAAAGCUUUUUCUUUUAAUAAAUAUGUCCUUUAUCAAAGUGAACAAUGAAAUGUUUUACUUUCUGAGUGUACUCAAAUGUAAAAGUUUCACUUUCUGAGUGUACUCAAAUGUAAAUGUUUCACUUUCUGAGUGUACUCAAAUGUAAAUGUUUCACUUUCUGAGUGUACUCAAAUGUAAAUGUUUCACUUUCUGAGUGUACUCAAAUGUAAAUGUUUCACUUUCUGAGUGUACUCAAAUGUAAAUGUUUCACUUUCUGAGUGUACUCAAAUGUAAAUGUUUCACUUUCUGAGUAUACUCAAAUGUAAAUGUUUCACUUUCUGAGUGUACUCAAAUGUAAAUCUUUCACUUUCUGAGUGUACUCAAAUGUAAAUGUUUCACUUUCUGAGUAUACUCAAAUGUAAAUGUUUCACUUUCUGAGUGUACUCAAAUGUAAAUGUUUCACUUUCUGAGUGUACUCAAAUGUAAAUGUUUCACUUUCUGAGUAUACUCAAUUGAAAAUGUUUCACUUUCUGAGUAUACUCAAAUGUAAAUGUUUCACUUUCUGAGUGCACUCAAAUGUAAAUGUUUCACUUUCUGAGUGUACUCAAAUGUAAAUGUUUAACUUUCUGAGUAUACUCAAAUGUAAAUGUUUCACUUUCUGAGUGUACUCAAAUGUAAAUGUUUCACUUUCUGAGUAUACUCAAAUGUAAAUGUUUCACUUUCUGAGUAUACUCAAAUGUAAAUGUUUCACUUUCUGAGUGUACUCAAAUGUAAAUGUUUCACUUUCUGAGUGUACUCAAAUGUCAAUGUUUCACUUUCUGAGUAUACUCAAAUGUCAAUGUUUCACUUUCUGAGUGUACUCAAAUGUAAAUGUUUCACUUUCUGAGUGUACUCAAAUGUAAAUGUUUCACUUUCUGAGUAUACUCAAAUGUAAAUGUUUCACUUUCUGAGUGUACUCAAAUGUAAAUGUUUCACUUUCUGAGUGUACUCAAAUGUAAAUGUUUCACUUUCUGAGUGUACUCAAAUGUAAAUGUUUCACUUUCUGAGUGUACUCAAAUGUAAAUGUUUCACUUUCUGAGUGUACUCAAAUGUAAAUGUUUCACUUUCUGAGUGUACUCAAAUGUAAAUGUUUCACUUUCUGAGUGUACUCAAAUGUCAAUGUUUCACUUUCUGAGUAUACUCAAAUGUAAAUGUUUCACUUUCUGAGUGUACUCAAAUGUAAAUGUUUCACUUUCUGAGUGUACUCAAAUGUAAAUGUUUCACUUUCUGAGUGUACUCAAAUGUAAAUGUUUCACUUUCUGAGUGUACUCAAAUGUCAAUGUUUCACUUUCUGAGUAUACUCAAAUGUAAAUGUUUCACUUUCUGAGUAUACUCAAAUGUAAAUGUUUCACUUUCUGAGUGUACUCAAAUGUCAAUGUUUCACUUUCUGAGUAUACUCAAAUUUCAAUGUUUCACUUUCUGAGUGUACUCAAAUGUAAAUGUUUCACUUUCUGAGUGUACUCAAAUGUAAAUGUUUCACUUUCUGAGUAUACUCAAAUGUAAAUGUUUCACUUUCUGAGUGUACUCAAAUGUAAAUGUUUCACUUUCUGAGUGAUGAGUUUACAUUUACAAAGUGAAAGACUCAAUACUCAAAUGUAAAUGUUUCACUUUCUGAGUGUACUCAAAUGUAAAUGUUUCACUUUCUGAGUGUACUCAAAUGUAAAUGUUUCACUUUCUGAGUGUGCUCAAAUGUAAAUGUUUCACUUUCUGAGUGUACUCAAAUGUAAAAGUUUCACUUUCUGAGUGUACUCAAAUGUAAAUGUUUCACUUUCUGAGUGUACUCAAAUGUAAAUGUUUCACUUUCUGAGUGUACUCAAAUGUAAAUGUUUCACUUUCUGAGUGUACUCAAAUGUAAAUGUUUAACUUUCUGAGUGUACUCAAAUGUAAAUGUUUCACUUUCUGAGUGUACUCAAAUGUAAAUGUUUCACUUUCUGAGUGUACUCAAAUGUAAAUGUUCCACUUUCUGGUUUGACGAAAAUGAAAAACUUUAACUUUCUAGUUAUACAACAUUUGGAAAUAUUUCACUUUUAGUUGCACUAAAAUAGAAUUGUAUCACUUUCUUGUUUGACUAAAUAUAAACAUGUUUCACUUUAUAGCUCUGAUAAAAUGGAAAUGUUUUACUUUCUAGUGGUAUUAAAUUGAAAAUUGUCACUUUCUAGUCUUACUAAAAAUGGAAAUUAUUCAUUUUCUAGUUGUAUUAAUAACUUAAAUGUUUAACUUUCUACUUGUACUAAAAAUGGAAAAUUUGCACUAUGAGUUGUACAAAAAUGGAAAUAUUUCACUUUGUAGUGGUGUUAAAAAUGGAAAAGUUUCCCAUUAUAGUUGUACUAAAACGGAAAUAGUUCACUUUCUAGUUUUUCUUAAAUAGAAAUAUUUCACUUUCUAGCUGUACUAAUAUAGAAUGUGUAGGCUCUUCAUUAUUAAUGUCAAUGUCAGAAUCGAAAGAAAGCCAACAUUUAAUCGAAAUUACAAUUUUUUCCUCGUUUAUGGUACUUGAGAAAACAAUUUAUUAAAAAUCAUUUAAAGGAAACGUAAUAUAAUUUGGUUCACAUAUGAUUUGUAAUAUGCUACAAGUUGAGAUCGGUUGAAAGCGUGCUUUUUUUAGAUUGUAUUGAUUUAAAACAAGAGUUUCGAUUGUUAGCUGUUUAUCUGGUAAUAACAGAAUUUAGUCAAUGUCCUUCAAACAUCUUCUUCAUUAUAGAUCAACUUCUUACUUGUUACGGUAAGGAAAAUUUUGAUGUCACAGAAAUAUGUCACAGAAAAACUGCAAUGAAAUGUAUACAGUAAUAUGUCACAGAAAUAGUUCACAAUAAUACGUCAUAGUGUACCUUGCCCUACAAGGAAUUGGGGUGGGCUAGAUGUAUCAUGCAUAUCCCAUUGUCCUAUAAUUUAUAACGUCAUCUCUCCAGAUAGCCGAGAUAGCUCCCAAAGGAUCGAGCUUUGAAGGGGAGACAUGCGCCAUCGCGGGCUGGGGAAUCAGUGAGGAAAGUCCACAAGGUUCUUCCUAUCUCCGAGAGGCUUUCCUCAAGGCAAUCAGCACAGAAAGAUGUAGCGCGUUUAACUGGAAAACCCCUAUCACCAACAAGGAGAUUUGUGUUUUUGAUGAAAAGAACGGUGAGCAGGGCAGGGCAGGCGCGAGAUCUUUUCAGGUUGGGAGAAAAUAGGAAAUUCUCGCUCUCUGGAAAAUUAUGGGAAAAAAGUUCAGACAUUUUUUUUCCAAUUUUUAUUUUAACAAAUUUUGACGCCUUAGUCUGUUUGGGCGCCUUUGCGCUUGUGUGAUGAUCCCCCAUCGUACUCGCCUUGAGCCGCCCCUGUAGGAGAGGUAUAAGUCCGCUAAAGGGAUAUAAAACUCUACACAAUAAAUAGGGAAGGUAGGAGUUAAAAUGUGUUUCUUGUUGAAACGUGAAUGUCAAGAGUGAAAUUCAAAUCAUUCGAAAAUAUGUGUGUGUAUUUGAUAACGUCACAUUGGAGAUGGCGUCGGUCGGUCGCCGGCACACCUCCACAUGGUCCAGGCGCCAGUUCUCAACGCCGCCAUACCGUGCGGAAGCACGUCGGGAACUUCCAUCCUGGCCUGUGGGACGUCUGGUCAACGGAAAACGCUGCGUUUAAAGCUGGGACGAAACGGUCGCCUAGGAGCGAAAUCAUCGGAAAGGGUUUUAGACUAUGUAGAUUCAUUUAAUAAAAGUUCAUGUGGAAUUAUGAGACAUUGACAUUUUUUGUAAAUAUCCAACAUUUCUAGUGUUACAGCCCUUGAAGGCUGUAUAAAUGUACUAUAUUUUAUCACCUUUUGUUCUUAGUUUGACCAAUUUGGUUUUCCUUUUUUUAUUAUGUCUAAACAGCUCCAGAUUACCGCGCGAGACCUUGCGAGGCUGACAGUGGUGGCGAGUUAAUGUGUGGUCUUCGGUAUCAGUAUCUGGCUGGUGUCACUUCAACUGGUGGUUUUGGUUGUACAGGUAAGCAGCCAGGGUUUAUUUCAGGCAUCUCUCCGAGGGGGUGGCGGCACGAUCCCGGGGAAAUUCAAGUGCCCCACCGGAGCAAAAUGAGCAUUAUAAUAAAAAAGAAAUGUUAAUUUUUAGGCAAACCGACUCUGUGCAUGCUUUAAAAAUCCGUUUCUGUAAGUCUAUUGAUUGCACGGUCCCUCAGUUGUAGAGCUCAGUUUGAUAUAGUACUAGCAGUCGUGCAGCGCUAAGUAGUUCCCAACGUCUGCAUUAUUAUUGAGCGACUGCUAUGAAUGCCAUCUGUACCUACGCAACCGUGUUCAGUGUUCACACAGCAGUGUAAACUAUAGCAGACUACGCGACUGUGAUUUCUGAUUCCAUUCUCUGUCUCUCAGUCGCUCUCUCCAUUCUCUGUCUCUCAGUCGCUCUCUCCAUUCUCUGUCUCUCAGUCGCUCUCUCCACUCUCUGUCUCUCAGUCACUCUCUCCAUUCUCUGUCUCUCAGUCGCUCUCUCCAUACUCUGUCUCUCAGUCGCUCUUUUCAGGCAGAGCUCGAGGGGGAAAGGGGGGUCAGUUCCCUGUGAAGACAGCUGCCCGCGAAGACAGGUGCCCGCGGAGAAAAAUGACAACACUAUAAGAAAUAUUUUUUUUAUAUUAGAAAUGACGAAAUGUUCAAAGAGUUUGAACAACAUUUUUGUCUGAUACUUGGGAAACGAUUAAAAUGAGUGAAUCUACAAUAUAUCGCUACGCACGAUAUAUUUGAUGAUCUUUUUAAAGAUUUGUUAGAGGCGUAUAGUAGUCGAUUAUAAAUAUAGUACUGGCGCUCCAGAUAAUAUGCAAUGUCUUGCUUUGUGUAGUUCGCAUAAUAUAUAUCGGUAUUUUUAUUCAUUAAUUUUGUGUAACUUUACUCGUUUAAAGAUUUAAAUAACACUGUAUUAAAUGACCUUGACAUCAAUAUAAUGGUCUACAAUCUUAAUAAUAAUUCUUGCUAAGAAUCGAACAUGCGCAAUCUAUUUUCAAACUCUAUUUCAUUAUAACAGCAUGACCUGUAAAGUUGGGACUGGAGUAAAUUAUCAAUUGUAUGGUGGCGUUAUGCUUUAAACAAUCAAUCGAUUUCAUCGAUUCCAUGUGUGUUGAGUUAUAUCAAAUCGAAACUUUUAAAAAUGAGAUAUUUAUUUUUUUUAAUUAAGAAUUUUCAGGGAGAAACAAAAGUGCACAUUUCAUCAAUUAUUGUAUGGAGAGCCUUUGUGAUUUCUUUCAAUGUGCUACUUUUGUAACAAUGUUUUCAGCAUAACAGAGGUUUAAAAAAUACAAAGCCUUUAUUUAUUAUGUACCACUUGUUUUGCACGCUUUAAAACGAAAUAUAUUUGUGUCAUAGAUAGGAAUCUAUCAGAAAGCUGAAAAGGAGUAACGAUUUUUGUGAAGUAGGAUUUCGAUUGGCAAUGUUUUUUUAUUAAAAGAGAAUUGUAAGAACAACUACGUAGAACAUCUACGAUGUAUCAAAAUGACCAGUUUAUGCCGUCCAUCUACGAUGUAUCAAAAUGACCAGUUUAUGCCGUUCAUCUACGAUGUAUCAAAAUGACCAGUUUAUGCCGUUCAUCUACGAUGUAUCAAAAUGACCAGUUUAUGCCGUUCAUCUACGAUGUAUCAAAAUGACCAGUUUAUGCCGUUCAUCUACGAUGUAUCAAAAUGACCAGUUUUCAGAACUUUCUAAUAAACAAGCUUUUUUGUAUUUCUUUUUGACUAAUUUAGUCGAAUAAACAAUAAGUCAUUUUGUUUCCAGUUGCAUGUAGCAUAUCAAAUAAUGUUUGCGGUGCCUCCUAGUGAUGGCAACCAUUUUAUUGAUCUUGUUGCGUGUUGAACAUUCAUUUAUUCAUUAAGUUUCUAUCCUCCAAAAUAUUGUAACAAAAAAUAAUAAAUGGUUUUUAACUAUUUUUGUAAUAUACUUACAUUUUGUUUGCUUAACACAAGCAGGACAUUCCACCCUGCAUUGAAAGAUGAUAAUUAAGAAGAUAUUCUCAUGACAUCUUUAAAGUCCUAAAAAAUCUGAGGCAUCCUGUAUCGUUGUUGUAGAUCUUUUUCCACAUCCAUUAAUCAAAGCAUUUGAGCCGUUUUUCCUCUGGGUUGUUUGGUGAUGCACCCUCUUCACUCCUCUGUCAUUUGGCAUUUUCUCCAAGUGUCCUGCCCAGCGUAGCCUGACCUUGCUGAUUCUAUUAUCGUGGAUCCUGCUAAAGAAUUUUCAAUUCCUGAUUGGUUCGUAUCUCCAUCCAUAUUCAUCCUUUGUUGGUCCAUAUAUUUUCAUGAGAACUUUCCUCUCCCAUGUGUUUAACAGGUGUUCUGCCGUUUUUGUUAGCGUCCUGGUUUCCCUUGAGCAUGUUACACCUGGUCGGAUUACAAUUUGUAUAAAUAGUUUUCUUUGUUUCUCUUGUAAUGUUUUUACUUUGAGUAUUUUCUGAUUAUUGAAUUAUGCCCUGUUAAAGAGCUGAUAUUCUUUUUUUUUCUGCUAGUAAUUUGUUUCUUUCUUUUAAUAAAUAUUCUAGGUAUUUGAAUUGAUUUACUUUUUCAAAAGUGUGGUUUCUAAUUUUAAUGGCUUCCUCUGUCUGUUCUUCUCUUAUCAUGGUCAUGUAUUUGGUUUUUUGUUUGUUAACUUCCAGCCCCGCUUGUAGUAAUGCGUCUUCUAAUUUAAAAAUGAUUUUGAUAUGUCUUUAACACUUGUCCCUAGCAGUGCUAUGUCAUCAGCAUAUGCAACAGACUAAAGGGGUUGAUUGCAGAGAGGGACCUUUGGUUGUAGGUCUUGGGUUUAGUUCAGAAAGUAUUUUGUUAUUGUUCCUCGGGUCUCAAUAUGUAUGCUUCUUGUUACUUUUUCUAAUGUUAUGUUAAAUAGCAUACAAGAGAGAGAGAGUCUCCUUAUCUUAGGCCUCGCCUAAUCUGAAAUUCCCUUAAAUAUUCUCCUUGAACCUUGAUUUUGCUUGUUGUUCUAUAUUACAUGUAUCAGUCUUGUCGGUUUGCAGGGUAUGCCAAACUGCUGCAGAGUUUUACACAGAUAUUUUAUUUUUAAUGUUGUCAUAGGCCAUUUAUAUUCCAUAUAGAGUUGGUGUACUGGGUUGUUAUUUUCCAUAUAGAGUUGGUGUACUGGGUUGUUAUAUUCCAUAUAUAGUUGGUGUACUGGGUUGUUAUAUUCCAUAUAGAGUUGGUGUACUGGGUUGUUAUAUUCCAUAUAGAGUUGGUGUACUGGGUUGUUAAAUUCCAUAUAGAGUUGGUGUACUGGGUUAUUAUAUUCCAUAUAGAGUUGGUGUACUGGGUUGUUAUAUUCAAUAUAGAGUUGGUGUACAGGGUUAUUAUAUUCCAUAUAGAGUUGGUGUACUGGGUUGUUAUAUUCCAUAUAGAGUUGGUGUACUGAAUUGUUAUAUUCCAUAUAGAGUUGGUGUACUGGGUUAUUAUAUUUCAUAUAGAGUGGGUGUACUGGGUUGUUAUAUUUCAUAUAGAGUUGGUGUACUGGGUUAUUAUAUUCCAUAUAGAGUUGGUGUACUGGGUUGUUAUAUUCCAUAUAGAGUUGGUGUACUGGGUUAUUAUAUUCCAUAUAGAGUUGGUGUACUUGGUUGUUAUAUUCCAUAUAGAGUUGGUGUACUGGGUUAUUAUAUUCCAUAUAGAGUUGGUGUAGGGGUUUAUUAUAUUCCAUAUAGAGUUGGUGUACUGGGUUAUUAUAUUCUAUAUAGAGUUGGUGUACUGGGUUAUUAUAUUCCAUAUAGAGUUGGUGUAAUGGGUUAUUAUAUUCCAUAUAGAGUUGGUGUACUGGGUUAUUAAAUUCCAUAUAGAGUUGGUGUACUGGGUUAUUAUAUUCAAUAUAGAGUUGGUGUACUGGGUUAUUAUAUUCCAUAUAGAGUUGGUGUACUGGGUUAUUAUAUUCAAUAUAGAGUUGGUGUACUGGGUUAUUAUAUUUCAUAUAGAGUUGGUGUACUGAAUUGUUAUAUUCCAUAUAGAGUUGGUGUACUGGGUUAUUAUAUUCCAUAUAGAGUGGGUGUACUGGGUUGUUAUAAUCCAUAUAGAGUUGGUGUACUGGGUUAUUAUAUUCCAUAUAGAGUUGGUGUACUGGGUUGUUAUAUUCCAUAUAGAGUUGGUGUACUGGGUUAUUAUAUUCCAUAUAGAGUUGGUGUAGGGGUUUAUUUUAUUCCAUAUAGAGUUGGUGUAGGGGUUUAUUAUAUUCCAUAUAGAGUUGGUGUAGGGGUUUAUUAUAUUCCAUAUAGAGUUGGUGUAGGGGUUUAUUAUAUUCCAUAUAGAGUUGGUGUACUGGGUUAUUAUAUUCUAUAUAGAGUUGGUGUACUGGGUUAUUAUAUUCCAUAUAGAGUUGGUGUACUGGGUUAUUAUAUUCCAUAUAGAGUUGGUGUGCAGGGUUGUUAUAUUCCAUAUAGAGUUGGUGUACUGGGUUAUUAUAUUCCAUAUAGAGUUGGUUUACUGGGUUAUUAUAUUGAUAUAGAGUUGGUGUACUGGGUUAUUAUAUUCCAUAUAGAGUUGGUGUACUGAAUUGUUAUAUUCCAUAUAGAGUUGGUGUACUGGGUUAUUAUAUUCCAUAUAGAGUUGGUGUACUGGGUUGUUAUAUUCCAUAUAGAGUUGGUGUACUUGGUUAUUAUAUUCCAUAUAGAGUUGGUGUGGUGGGUUAUUAUAUUCCAUAUAGAGUUGGUGUACUGGGUUAUUAUAUUCCAUAUAGAGUUGGUGUACUGGGUUAUUAUAUUCCAUAUAGAGUUGGUGUACUUGGUUAUUAUAUUCAAUAUAGAGUUGGUGUACUGGGUUAUUAUAUUCCAUAUAGAGUUGGUGUACUGGGUCAUUAUAUUCAAUAUAGAGUUGGUGUACUGGGUUAUUAUAUUUCAUAUAGAGUUGGUGUACAGGGUUGUUAUAUUCCAUUUAGAGUUGGUGUACUGGGUUAUUAUAUUCAUAUAGAGUUGGUGUACUGGGUUAUUAUAUUCAAUAUAGAGUUGGUGUACUGGGUUAUUAUAUUCAUAUAGAGUUGGUGUACUGGGUUAUUAUAUUCAUAUAGAGUUGGUGUACUGGGUUGUUAUAUUCCAUAUAGAGUUGGUGUACUGGGUUAUUAUAUUCAUAUAGAGUUAGUGUACUGGGUUAUUAUAUUCAUAUAGAGUUGGUGUACUGGUUUAUUAUAUUCAUACAGAGUUGGUGUACUGGGUUAUUAUAUUCAUAUAGAGUUGGUGUACUGGGUUAUUAUAUUCCAUAUAUAGUUGGUGUACUGGGUUAUUAUAUUCAUAACAUUUCUCUAAUGAGCAUCUUAUUUUAAAGAUCUGAUCCUUUUUUUUGAUUUGUUUUUUAGCUAUACAUGUAAGCAACUCAUUUAGUUAUACAUUUAAGCAACUCAUUUAGUUAUGCAUGUAAGCAACUCAUUUUGUUAUGCAUGUAAGCAACUCAUUUAGUUAUACAUGUAAGCAAUUAUUUAGUUAUACAUGUAAGCAACUCAUUUAGUUAUACAUGUAAGCAACUCAUUUAGUUAUACAUGUAAGCAACUCAUUUAGUUAUACAUGUAAGAAACUCAUUUAGUUAUACAUGUAAGCAACUCAUUUACUUAUACAUGUAAGUAAAUCAUUUAUUUAUACAUGUAUUAAACACAUUAUCUUGCUGAUUUAAGCGUUUUAAUGGUUAGUACUGGAAGAUGACUGAUUUUCUUGUAAAAAUAAGUUAUAUCAUUAGUGGUUUCCACUUUUAUUGAGACAUUAUUAGUUGUAUAUAUCUGUCACUGAUACAUCAUUAAGUGUAUAUAUCUGUCACUGAGAUAUCAUUAGCUGUAUUUAUAUGGCAUUGAGAUAUGUGUGUGUAUGUGUGGAGCGUGAUAGGGAGAGGAAGAUGAAGAUGAAGGUAUAGAUUCAUUAUUUGUGACACAUUUUAUUUUCUAAAUUCCCCCCCCCCCCAAAAAAAAAAAAAAAAAAAAAAAAAAACUCUUUUCGCCUUCAAUCCUCUCCCAGGUACCAGGCCAGGUCUCUACACGCGCGUUUCCGAAUACAGAGACUGGAUUAAUUCCGUCUAAAACUAAACAUCAACAAGGUUACCUUGACUGAUGUCACAAGCAAGGUGUCACAUCAACGCUAUUACCUUGACUGGUGUCUAAAGGCCAUGGUAAAAAAUGUCUUGAAAUGGAGUUUUAGGUGUGAAUAAAACAUUUCCCUUCAGG